AUGAAGUUCUUUCCAGUUCUAGCAGCGAUUGUGCUCAGCCUUGUGGCUGUCCAAGCGGGUGAGAGUCGUCCCCAGUUGGUGAAACUGCACCCGGUGACGCGGCAGGAAUACAAUGAGCUUCUCCGGCUAACUCAGGGCAAAGAGGAGGUGUCCGAGGCUCGUCUGCUUAGCAGCUCCAUUGCCGGCAUUAAGGGUCUGGCUUCUGGCUUUGCAGCCGGCAACUUUAUUCCAGCCAUCUUCAGCUCUGGCUCCAAGGAUCAGAACAAGAAGGGACGUCCCCUGUGCGUGAUUUCCACCAAUGAUCUGGAGAAGGGAGAGGAGGACAGGCGCCUGGGUCGUGUGGUGAGCAUUGAGUAUGAGCCAAACACCGACUCCAGCUCGGGUUCGGGUUCGGGACAUGGCAGUGGUCAUGGCAAUGGUCAUGGAAGCGGACAUGAGCAUGGAGACGGAGAUAAGGAUGGUGAUGAAGAUGAUGUGACUACUGUCAACUGCAUUUUGGUGGUCAAUGGCACUGAUACCACCACGACGACAACCACAACUACACCAAAGCCAGGUCACGGACACGGUCACGGUCACGGUCACGGUCAUGGACAUGGUCAUGGCGGUUAUCCGUAUCCACCUUUCCCUCCCUACUAUCCCUAUGGUUACCCGCCCUACUACUAUCCCUAUCCUCCUCCUCCACCACCACCCAAGCACCAUCGCUCCGCGGGAGAGAAGCGUUCCGUUGGCGAUGAAGUGGAGUUAAGUCGCCUGAUUGACGCCUACAAUGGAUUCUACCAGCAGCCCAAUGGUUAUCCCCUGCGUAGCGUCAAGCGUCCCAGGGCCAACCAGGAGGUUUCCGCCUAUCAGCCAGCCAGUUAUCCCAAGCAGGAGUACGCCUCCAACUAUCCCAAGGUGGUUCGCAACUAUGGACUCACCCACCCGGCUCCUGUCUACGUUCACUCUCCUCAGCUCGAGAGGGAACAAUAA